AUGCAACAAAGAGGUUUAGCAGGACCAAGGAAUGAUGUUGAAGUAGCUAAACCCAACAGUGAUCCUUCUGGUGGUUGUAUAGAAGACAGAUUGUUUGAGAAGAAGUAUGUCCGGAAGAAAAGAGUGAAUCACAACAAGGAGCAGCACCUGGAAUCUGCAUCAGUUGUAGAGGUUGCAAGAAGUUUCAAUCUUUUCAAGAAGUUGUGCAUCCACAAAUCUUCAAGCUUGAUCAAUGUGGAUGAUGCACACAGAGAAGAAAAAGGGUUACACAACAAUGGUGAAACUCAAUCGAAAUCUGAGCAAGUAGAUGGAGUGGAGGGACAAGACCGUCGCAGUGGAAUAAAAAACAAGACGACGAAGUGCGAAACACGAAGCAGAGAUGAGAAUCAAGAGAUGACUCACAAAAGCAGCCUGAUUCCUCACAUGUUGGGAAUAAAGAAUCAAGACAUUCCAUGA